AUGAGAGGGAGAGAUAGGCUAACUAACAAAGAUAAUCACUACCCAAGGGCGAUGGAAUAUGCACCUGAUAGUGAUGAAAUAAUUAUUGAUGCAGCAAUAUAUUUUGUAAAUUCAUCAGACAAAUUAUCUGGUGGUGAAAAGCAGCGUGUGGCUGUUGCUCGAGCUUUAAUUUCAAAAUGUAAAGUGUUAUUAGGCGAUGAAGUUACAUCUGCUUUGGAUAACCAAACAGAAAGAAAUCUUCUAGUGACACUUCAAAAAGCAAAAGUAGAAUUAGGUCUGACAAUUGUUGUUAUUGCACAUCGUUUGUCAACGGUUAUCAAUGCAGAUAAUAUUGUCUGUAUGGAACAUGGGCGUGGAAUUGUUGAACAAGGUACACACGCACAAUUAAUGGAAAACAAUGGUUUAUAUAAACAAUUUUAUAUGGCACAAAAAAUGAAAGAAACUCUACAUCAAGGUAACAAGAAACUAUAA